UGCACCGCGCCUCCCUCUGGCCAACCAUGUCACUUGACUGGAUAAUCUGUAUGCUGGUGAUUGCAUAACACGACCCCACAGUGCCUUGGGGAGAUGUUUAUGAUUCCGUGGUGGAUCCCCUGUCACCCUCAUCUGUGUUUAUCUCUUUGUAAUAUGACGUGUGUGUGAUAUGUGCUUAAUGAUAUACACCUUUUUUUAGUUUUAUUUUGAAGCCCUGACCUUGGUAUAUCCAGAGCUGACAGUGAGUCUGAAACCUUAGAUGCUUCACUGUCAUGUUCUCUUUUGUGCCAUGUGCAUGUUCCUGCACUGUACCCAUGUCUAGAUAUGUUCCUCCCACCAAAUAGGUCAGGCUUCAGAGAAUGUUAUCACCCACGUGCAGCAGCGAGCCAGCAGCACUGAGGAGCCUCCUCUCUAUUUAGUUAUCCUGUGCUGCUGCGGUGAUGUGUAUAAUAACUCAUUACGUCUACCCCUCUGGCCAUUGUUUCAGUGCUGGAGUGCUCUGUCCCCUCGGUUCACACUGUCUCACAUAAACAAAAGCACAGAGGGAGUGAGACUGAAUACAUCUUUCCGUCUAACUCCACGUACACACACAAGAGGUCACAGAAUGACCUUUUAUCCCAAAAACUAAGUAAUAUACAAAAGAGAAAGAAUGUUAAACGUGACUGAAUUACAUUCCACUGAAUGUCCAAAGCCUCCUGUGCUGCUUGGAUGGACAUCCAUUCACGUGGUACGACCUUGGCAUCACUUGUAGGAGUGAUGAUGCAGGUAUGAGUGGUGUUGAUGAUGCCUUCGGUUGGGGGCGGUUUGCCUUGACCCAUUAAUAAUGAGAGAAUUUUAAUAAGCUGUCGACAGUGUGUGAUGAUUUUAGCAACACUGGCUUUUACAGAGGAGGACAUAUAACCUCUUUAAUCUUGCUACUUUCUCGAGACACACCCGCGAGCUGUCUGGAUGUGUGUCAAACAUGCAUUGAGUUGCAAAUAGCAUGUUUUGUUGCGUCAUGGGAUCUCUUCACUUGGUAUCUCUUUGAUCCUACAAAAUAAAAUACUUUAAUUACAACCAGCAGGCCAAGCUAACUGCCCCGAACCGCACUUUGAGUUAAGUAAAUGGAGAUGUGAGAAUGUGAGCCAAACUAUUCCUUUCUGCUGCCAUAGGCUUUCCAUCAGGCUCGUGAGGAAAACCGAUGAGUCUGCAAUGAGCAGCCUUUCCUCUUAGUGCCCCUGGUCCUGUUGAUGAGAGAUUGAUCCAGAAUGUGGCCGCACACACCUGCAAACAGACAACAAAUACACAGACACUCAUGUUCUGUCACUGAAUGCAACUGCAUGUAACUCAAUGCCGCUACUGGAUUUUAGUAACACUAUGAUAAUAUAGAGGUAGUCCUGGUAAAAUGAAACACGAUCAGUCCAUACUCUUCAUCAUAGCUACAUUAAAAAAAAACUUACAUUGUGGAUUGGAUGCUGAGUUCUUUUAUUAUUCUGCUGCUCUUCUCUUAUUAUCUGUGCCUGCUUCAAAUAAUCACAUAAUCUGUUUUACAGUCUUGGCCACAAGAGUCGCACAGGACAGUUAGGAUUAGCCAGACAGAACGGCUGUACUGAGGCACACCCUGCUCAAGGAGACCACAGUUACUAAGUGACAACACAAACACAUGACCCUAAGAGCUGGCAGAAGGAAAGCACAGAACUAUGAGAAGGAUGUCACAGGAGUCAAAUUUACAGCUCUCUCAGAGUCACACCAGGCCUGAUGUCUUGGAAGGUCAUUUGAGCAGUCAGGGUAGGACGCUGGCUGUGCUGCUGGAGCAGGCGUUCAGGAUCAAAGAGGAGGUGGCAGCAGGUCUGCAGUCCAGCCGUGGCUCUGUCCAGGCCGAGGCAGCUUCCCGCAAGCUUCUGGAGAAUCACAUACUCACCAUCACACGUAUUGUGAAGCAGCUCAGCAUGGAUAUUCAGACACUGGAGAGACAAAUCGCCCAGCGGGACUCUGUUACCUCUGGAACCACAACAGCUGUUCAAAACCUGGAGCAGAAAAACAUAGCUGGCAUUGGAGACCUGAGAGGAAGAGUAGCCAGGUGUGAUGCCAGCAUUGUCAAGCUGAGCGCUGACAGGAGCUCUGGAGAGCAGCAGGUGAUUCAGCUGCAGAAGGAGGUUUCAGAGCUCAGGGCAGCUGUGGGUGUACAGCUCAAAGAGCUGGGAGUCAAGUUUGAUUGUGACCUUAGGAGACAGGAGGCUUCAUUGACGAAGCGCUGCGAGAGCCAAAGGAGCUCCAUAGCUGAUCUGUAUAGACAAGUGAAGCUACUAGAAGACAGGAUGUCAGAUGAGCUCAAGGAAGCCAAGGAGCAAACAGAAAUACUGAGGAAGUGGACAGAACAACAGCUCAACAGCUCUGUCCAGACGCACGCACAGGACAGCCAGCAGCUCCGCUCACUAUUAGAGGGCAAAAUGUUAGAGAUAGAGUCUAGAUUAGAUGGUCAUGUGCUUGCUCUGGAGAUACACGUGGAGCAGUUUGAGAAGCAGCAGAGUCAGACCGACCACAGCCAGUAUGACCAGCUGAAACACUCUGAAGCCAAACUCAGUAAAAGAAUGACCUCAGUGGAGAACAGCAUUCAUCAGGAGCUGCAGCUGCUCAAACAGGAGUACCACAGAGGUGGGUGGUUGCUGUCAUCGGUGAGCAAACAUGCACAUGCUACAUGAGCUUUACUAUAUACGUCAAGGAAAAAAUGCACACUCGAAAAUAGUCACAAACAGAGACACCAAAAGAGAGAAAAACUGAUCAGAAUCCAACAUAAACUGACUAAAAUUUGAGGUGCCUCACUGCAUGAUUAAUGUCAUUCAUUUCAUUAUAGAAUGUUUAUUAUCUCAGUUAAUGACAGUGGUCAAUGACUUGGUGAUGACAUCUUAAAUUAAGCAUGAGAAGUGAGCUAUAUUUAAAUUAUGCUGAUGGCAAAGGGCAGCAGAGCUCACAUGCACAAGAGAUAUGUGCCUGAUUCGGAACCUUUUGUGCUCACGUGUCAUGUGGUUUCAACCAUAAAGUGAACUGCAUUUGUGUAUUUCUCUUGUCCUACACGUUCAGCUACUCCAUGCAGCUACCAUAAAGUCACGAAAGUAGGAAUACAGAGCCCCUGAGCUCGCUGCUGUUGACAUCCAUCCCCAUCCCAUUUCCCAGGAAGCAUCGCACCACAUCUCAAACCUACCUCACUUUCUCUGUCUCAGCUCUUAUUAAAGUGUUGGAAAGACACAAAACUGCCCUCAGUAAAUGAGACCGGGGGUAAACUGAUCUAUGAAUCACCACUCAGCCAUCCCGAUCCCACUGCUGGAGAGCCAUUCAUCCAUUGCUCUAUUUUAAGUGUCGGAUGAAAAGCUAGAAGUAGAUGGUAUGAGACGGGAGAGGAUCAAUGCAUAAUAGAUGAGCGUCGUAAAUAUUCGUGCCAAGACAGGCAUGGAAUUAGAUAGAGUUGGCUAAAGAUAUUUAAUAUCCCGAAGAAAGUCUGUCUUUCCACCACAGUGACUGAUACUUCUUACAGCACAUGUUAUGUUGAAUAAUAUUAUUAUUACUAUGUUGUUACCUAUACGUCUAACUUUAGCCAUAGAUUUGAAACAGAGAUCACUAGGAUUUGAGUGAGAGCAAAAUCCCAGCUAAAAUCAGACGAUCUAGCAGAAAUGUGACAGCUAUAUAGCAGCUCUUUUGCAAUAUUAGAGCAUCAGCAGCAGCAAUCACCAGAAUCAUUUUCACCUCAAAUCUGUGGUGACGAUUUCUACUCCCUGCUUCUUUUGUGGACAGGCUUCCAGUCUGUGUGUGAUGCAAUUGAAUCCCUGAGGCAGAUAAAUGACAUCAAAUCCCAUCUUGACAAGGAGAGGCUUCAGAAGGAUAUUAGGCACAUCAGCAGCAAGGUGACAGAGUUUAAUGACUCGUGACAUCAACUGAAGAGGAACUCCUGUUUACUGUCACACCUAUCCUGAAACAGUAGCUCGAAUCAAACCCCUUUAAACCAAAAUCCUGCGGGUGGUUGGCUUAAUUGUUGCUUCAUGAGCCAGCAGCUCUGUAGUUCAUAGUUAUAUAUCUACAAUAUAAUGCAGCUCAUGCAGUUUUAAUACGAAAGUCAUAUAGUCUUAUAAUUUGAGGUAGACCAUCCCAAUUUUGUGCAGUUUUUUGCUACUUUCUACUUUUUCACCACAACUUACUUUAA